GCCACUUCCGGGUUGCUCCGGGCUCUGCGCUUGGGUUCCGCUAUCUUCAUGUAGCUAAUGGAUUAUCACUCCACGGUAACGUACCGGAUAGGGAAGAGCCUUAUACUGUAACCGAGGGUACCGGGCCGGAAGCAGCUGUUACAGACAGCCUGAUGGAAGUGCUGUAAAGAAUGUUCCGCAAGGGGAAAAAAAGGCACAGCAGUAGCAGCUCUCAGAGCAGUGAGAUCAGCACCAAGAGCAAGUCUGUAGAUUCCAGCCUUGGAGGCCUUUCCAGAUCAAGCACAGUGGCUAGCCUAGACACAGACUCAGCCAAGAGCUUCGGACAAGGCACUGGUACUUCUGAAGCGCGAGCUGAGUUCCGAGUCAGAUAUGUGGGGUCCAUUGAGAGACUGAAAUCAGAAGACUCUAACAGCCUGCAGGGGCCUCUGGAUUUAAUAAAUUAUAUUGACGUGGCACAGCAAGAUGGAAAACUGCCAUUCGUCCCCCCAGAAGAGGAAUUUAUCAUGGCUGUCUCUAAAUAUGGUAUUAAAGUAGCCACGUCUGACCAGUAUGAUGUUUUGCACAGACACGCACUCUAUCUGAUUGUGAACAUGGUGUGUUACGACGAUGGUUUGGUUGCUGGAAAGAGCUUGCUGGCUCUGAAGACCAAGGAUCCCAGUCAAGAACAAUGCAGCCUCUGGAUUUAUCAGUGUAGCAGCUUGGACCAAGCACAAUCCAUCUGCAAAGUCUUGUCCACAGCGUUUGAUUCUGUUCUGCUGGAGAAGACUCAAGUCCCUGCGGAGUGAUAUUGGCAGUGUAAUAGUGGGACCAGCAGUGCCUUACCUGUGCGGGCCGGUACCGGCAGGCCUUAAAGCACGGUGCCUGUAGCAGAGAUUCAUUACCAUAAGAAUAAUAAGUAGGUACCGCAGGCUUUGCUGGUACAUUCAGAGGUACCACAUAUUUCUGAACAGGCGGACCCCUUGUUUAGUAUAGAUUUAUAUUUAUUGGUUUGCCCAAUAAACUGUCCCACUAGGGAGCAACUGUACUAGAAAGAGUUCAUUUAGCCCAGGUUUUGAAAUAUUUUUUUUUAAAUAUUAUAAUCAGUACCAAUAUAAAAAACCCAAUUAUAUCAGACAUGACUCAGUAAUCUUUAAAGCAAGGGGAAAUAUAAAUGUAGGCUGUAUGAGGGUUUAGUGUAUUGUAUGCACCAGUGAUUAAAGUGGCCUAUGAAGUGUGCCUUAACAGAGGCAAAAUUAGUUAUAGUAUCACCUUACGGGAAAUGUGCAAGAUAGUUGCUGCUCAUUAAGCUUUUCUUUCCUGAUACAAGGUUUUGCUCUCCCCUUUAUUACACGGCACUAGCCUUUAUUAUAUAUAAGUAUAUACAGAACCCACUAGCUGGUGUGCAGUAAGGGCAGAGUGGGAAUGGCACAGAGAUCAUUCUCAGCUCCUUAGAGAAAUCCUCUGCUUGCAGUUGUGGAUGAGUAAGUCCUAGUUUGUGAUAUUUUAAUACCCAAAGAAUGUCUUUGCACUUACCUUUAUGAUGAUAGCAGAAGCACAGUGUCAGCUAGGAAACUGCCACCAUCAAGCAGCCAAAUGCUUACCUGUUCCGGGCACAGAGACUGGCCCACCAUGAAAGGGGUAGAUUAUAGUAAAUAAAAGAGACUAGGAGAAUAAAUAGAGAAGAUAAAAUAGAGUGGGCCUAUGGGCUAAGGGUUUCUGCAUUCCAGUUCAACACUGCACUUUACAGUUGGGUACAGCAACUGGGGCAUGGCAGUGGUAUUUAUAAGCGUGAUGCUGUAUGUGAAUGUGCCUGUUAGGGCUGAGCCACAAGUUGGCCACAUUCUAGAGACAAUCUUAGUGCCUUUUAUUAGCGAACCCGCAAAGUCAAAGCUUGUGUGUGUUAUGUGCAUAGAAUUCUGAGGGCAGCAGUCAAUCCAGGUACACGUUAGCCGGUCUCACAUCCUUUGUAUUAAUGGUACAUAUCAUGUUAAAGAUCCCUUAUCUAGAGAACCCCAGGUCCUGAGCAUUCUGGAUAACAGGUCCCUAUACCUGUAAAUCUAUUUUAGCAAGUAUGUAGCAUAAGUCUUUUGUGUGUCUUAUAUAGGGAAGCACAGAAUCUGUGAUUUUGUCCAUGAUUUGGCAUAUUUAAAGCUUAAAGGAACAGUAACACCAAUUUUUUUUUAAAAACUUAAUUCCCCCCAAAACAGCUAUAAUGCUAGGUAAGUCUUACUUCCCUUUGGAUUUUUUUUUUUUUUUUUUAAUCUUCAGCUUGAAUUUGACUUGCAAAGUGCCUCAUGGGAGAAAGGCAAAAAGGCAAAGGUGACUGGAAAUCCUCAGUGCCUGGAACCGAAACUCAGCUUUACACCAAUGACCUAAGGCACCUAAAGUUUUUUUUUUUUUCAGCAUCUGCAGUUUAAAUAUACACUCACAUCAUUACCUCAAAGCUGAAUUUAAGCUGCAGAUGCUGAAAAAAAGCUUAGGUGCUUCAGGUCAUCUGCCCAAAGCCGACUUCCAGUUCCACACACAGAGGAAUUCCAGCUGCAGUCGCCUUUUAGCCUUUCUCCUAAGGGGGAAUUUGCAAGUCAAAUUCAAGCUGAAGAGUUAAAAAAAUCCAAGGGGAAGUAGCCUUACCUAUCAUUAUAGCUAUUUUGGGGGGCAUUAAGUUCAUGUGACUUUAAAGUUCUGGUGGAAAACUGAACAUAAGGGUUUGUGUUCAGUGGAAACCUUUUGUAGAGAGUUUAGAAUUUGGCCCAAUCCAAAUUGAUGGGUUAGACGCACGCCUCUCUCUGUUAUACAGACACACUGAUGCCAGCGUUGGGACAUAUUCUGCGGUACUUCUUGCAUUUGUCAGUUGUGACUUUACGAACAAUGUAGUUGUUAAAUAAACUUUCAGCAGGAUUUCUCUGA